AAACAACACUCAGACCUAAACACACACAAUCUUUUGUCUCCUCCUCCCUCUCUAUCUCUCUCUCUAGCCGAUCGUAAAAAAGUUUGGCAAAACGAUGGACGCGACGAAGCUAAGUGAACUAAAGGUCUUCAUCGAUCAAUGCAAGUCUGACCCUUCCCUUCUCUCCACACCUUCUCUCUCCUUCUUCCGCGAGUAUCUCCAGAGUCUUGGUGCUAAGCUACCUUCUGCUGCUGCUAGUGAAGAACACAAAGACACCAAAGAGAAGAGUUUCGUUGUGGAAGAAGAUAGUGAUGAUGACAUGGAAGAAACUGAAGAGCCAAAACCCACCGUGGAGGUUGAGGAAGAAGAAGAGGAUGAGAUUGUUGAAUCUGAUGUUGAGCUUGAAGGAGACACUGUUGAGCCUGAUAAUGAUCCUCCUCAGAAAAUGGGAGAUUCAUCAGUGGAAGUGACUGACGAGAACCGAGAAGCAUCUCAAGAAGCCAAGGGCAAGGCCAUGGAGGCUCUCUCUGAAGGAAAGCUUGAUGAAGCAAUUGAGCAUUUGACCCAGGCAAUAACGUUGAAUCCUACAUCAGCUAUUAUGUAUGGAAACAGAGCCAGUGUCUACAUUAAGCUCAAGAAGCCAAACGCUGCUAUUAGAGACGCAAACGCUGCAUUGGAGAUUAAUCCUGACUCUGCCAAGGGAUACAAGGCACGAGGUAUGGCUCACGCCAUGCUUGGAGAGUGGGCAGAGGCUGCAAAAGACCUUCACCUUGCAUCUACCAUAGACUAUGAUGAGGAAAUUAGCGCAGUGCUCAAAAAGGUUGAGCCUAAUGCUCAUAAGCUAGAGGAGCACCGUAGGAAGUAUGAUAGACUACGCAAGGAAAGAGAUGAGAAGAAGGCUGCCCGUGAUAGACAACGUCGCCGCGCUGAAGCACAGGCUGCCUAUGAUAAAGCUAAGAAAGAGGAACAAUCAUCAUCAAGCAGAGGAGGUGGUUUCCCUGGCGGAUUCCCAGGUGGCUUCCCUGGAGGAAUGGGAGGUAUGCCCGGCGGUUUCCCUGGAGGAAUGGGAGGUAUGCCCGGCGGUUUUCCUGGAGGAAUGGGAGGUAUGCCCGGCGGUUUCCCUGGAGGAAUGGGAGGUAUGCCCGGCGGUUUCCCUGGAGGAAUGGGAGGUAUGCCCGGCGGUUUCCCUGGAGGAAUGGGAGGUAUGCCCGGCGGUUUCCCUGGAGGAAUGGGAGGUAUGCCCGGCGGUUUCCCUGGAGGAAUGGGAGGUAUGCCCGGCGGUUUCCCUGGAGGAAUGGGAGGUAUGCCCGGCGGUUUCCCUGGAGGAAUGGGAGGUAUGCCCGGCGGUUUUCCUGGAGGAAUGGGAGGUAUGCCCGGCGGUUUUCCUGGAGGAAUGGGAGGAGGUAUGCCUGCCGGAAUGGGAGGAGGCAUGCCUGCCGGAAUGGGAGGAGGCAUGCCUGGAAUGGGAGGAGGCAUGCCCGGUGGUGGUGGUGCAGGUGCUGGUGGUGCUGGUGCAGGUGCAGGUGGUAUGCCGGGUGGUAUUGACUUCAGCAAAAUAUUGAAUGAUCCUGAGCUAAUGACGGCAUUUAGCGACCCAGAAGUCAUGGCUGCUCUUCAAGAUGUGAUGAAGAACCCUGCGAAUCUGGCGAAGCAUCAGGCGAAUCCAAAGGUGGCUCCAGUGAUUGCUAAAAUGAUGGGCAAGUUCGGAGGAGCACCUAAGUAGAAGAAACAAAACAAGGAGCUUUUGUCUUUUGCAAUUUAUGUGUUUAACUUCAUUAGAUGAGACGUGGAAUAUUUUUUAAUUGGCGUUUUCUUUGUCAGAGAAAUUUGAACAAAAGACAAAACUAUUUACUCUUUUUUUUUAUGGACUAUCUAAGUUUUGCA